GUGUGGGGACCGAAGGGCGCGUCCGCCUGGUUUCCCCCAGCAAAGAUCCCCCUCCGGCCCGAAUUCGGGGCUCGCUUGUCGCGAGCGUGCCAAAACACACAGCACGCUGCGGCGUGGGGGCGGCUCUUGUCCAUAGUCUAUGCGGAGCGGCCUCUAACUGACAACAACAGAUCUUUGGCCUCCUAUGGCUUGAAAGAUGGGGACGUGGUGAUUUUGCGACAGAAAGAGACCGUAGAGCCGCGGCCCUCCAUCCGUUUCCCAGGUCUGCCGAGGAUAGACUUCAGCAGCAUCGCGGUUCCUGGGACGUCCACUCAGCAGCAUCAGCCACCAGCACAGCGUCUUCGCCCGUCGCCUCCCGAUGCACCUUCGUUCCCUCAGGGUUUGGACAAUCCGGCGCUGUUACGGGAGAUGUUGCUUGCGAAUCCCCACGAGCUGUCCCUGCUGAAGGAGCGCAAUCCGCCCUUGGCGGAAGCGUUGCUCAGUGGAGACCUCGAGAAAUUCACCAGGGUGUUGCUGGAGCAACAGCAGGACCGAGCCCGGCGGGAGCAGGAGAGGAUCCGACUCUAUUCAGCUGACCCUUUUGAUCUCGAGGCGCAGGCCAAGAUAGAAGAAGACAUAAGGCAACAAAACAUUGAAGAAAAUAUGACGAUAGCAAUGGAAGAGGCCCCUGAGAGUUUUGGGCAGGUGGUGAUGCUGUAUAUUAACUGCAAAGUCAAUGGACAUCCAGUGAAAGCCUUUGUUGACUCAGGUGCCCAGAUGACCAUCAUGAGCCAAGCUUGUGCUGAAAGGUGCAACAUAAUGAGGCUGGUAGAUCGGCGAUGGGCUGGCAUUGCUAAAGGUGUAGGGACGCAGAAAAUAAUUGGCAGAGUGCACUUAG